UGACGUAUGCGGAAUCUUUUUGUAGCUGGUUCUCUACCGUCGUGAGGAUGGAGCUAUCAUCUGAUGUGGCUGUAGUUGAGAACAUUGGGAAAUUGCCAUCAGACGUGUUUGAAGGAACAUGUCAUGAGAUUCUGCUUCAUCUCGAAGGAAAGCGCAGUGCAGUAGAUGUGGUUGAAAGCUACCAGAAAUUUCAAAGAGCUGGGAUGACCCUUGACUGGAAAGCUGUUCAGGAUAUCAUUAGGCUGUUGUCGUUUAAUUUUAGGUCAGCUGCGAAGACUAAACUCACUGCUGAUGGUCUGGUCACUAAAUUAGGAGAGUGUAGUUCUAAAUGGUCCAAGUCAGCUUUACAAGUCAUGCACCAGCUGUGGACUGAGCAUGGCUCUCUUGUACAAGCACACCAGGAGCUGCAGGCUGUGGCCAGCAUUGGACAGCUGGUAGAUAUCCAGUGGAAGCUGGGGAUGGCUGUGAGCUCUGAUACAUGUCGCUCGCUCAAUUCCCCCUACAUCUCCGUCCUGAUGAAAAUUGCAGACACAUCUGGAGAGAUUUCCUACAAGUCCUUUGAGAUGACCGUUCUUCAGUUCCAGAACUUCUACAGACAGUUCAAAGAAAUCGCUUCUGUUUUGGAAACGGUGUAAGAGUUCAGCUCCAAAUGUUCACCAUUUCUCUUCCGGUCCGUAGCCUUUCAGUAUUUACUGACUGUUUACAUUUAAACUCAUUUGGUAUGUACGUGUGAUAUUUGAUUACCCAUAGUGGGAUAUUUAACUAUGCUGUAUUUGCCCUGAAAUGCAUUUGAUUUUGAAUGUGUGCGGCCAAAAUAAUUUGUAAUAAACACUGUAUAAAGUUUGAAUAAAGAUCUUUGCUUGCAUUUGUAAUAGUAUUUAUCUAAUUAUACCUUAAAAGGAAACAGGGUGAAAAUCGAGAGGUGAAAUUCCAGCUUGAACAGGAAAUGGUUCAUAAAAGCUGACCCUGACUUCCUGUGCUAAUUACUAGUUCAUAGUGGUAUUAAUAAAAAAAAUAAAAUAGAGGUGUUCGUUAAUUGCACGCUGAUACACACCCUUUCAUAUUAUUUAUCUUAUCUUCUUAA